UUCAGCACAAGGCAAGUCUAAUUUUCCCAGCAAUUGGCUACAGGCUCUGGAAAGGGCCAAACUUUCCAAACAAAACAGUGGAACAAAUUGCAGCUGACCAAAUGAAGGCUGAUCGCCUCCUCUGUAAAGUAAAAUUUAAAAAGGAGAUUAGAAAUCUCUAAUCAAAAGUCAGCUACAAAAUCCUCAAGCAUCUUUGGCAUUCUCCUAAAACUUGUGCUUCCUCUAAUUGUGGGAUGGGAGCAACAAAAGGAAUCAAAUGGUGAAAUAAACUUUGGUACUCCGCAUUGUCCUUCUGCUUCAGGCAUCGAUUGGCUUUGAUUAUCGAUGGCAGUUUCACAUGAACAGAAUAAGCUGGCAAAGCAAUAUGGAAACAUUUACACUAUAUGGCUGGGACCUAAACCUGUCAUUGUACUGUCUGGAUUUGAGGCCGUGAAAGAAGGGCUGAUAAACCAUUCCAAAGACUUCGUUGAUCGACCGGUGAGCCCUUUCCUGAAAGCCAUAGCAAAAGAACAGGGUAUUGUACUGUCAAAUGGCCCCACCUGGAAGCAACAGAGGAGGUUUGGCAUAGUCAUCAUGCGGAAGCUGGGACUGGGGAAGAAAGGCCUGGAGCACCAAAUAGAAGAAGAGGCCCGGCAGCUUACUGAGUCUUUUGCAUCUGCAAAGGGGCAGCCAUUGGACACUUCAGUGCCCAUCGCCAAUUCUGUCUCCAAUGUGAUCUGUGCUGUGGCUUUUGGACACCGGUUUUCUGUGAAAGAUGAAGAAUUUCUCAAGCUGAUAGACGCCAUUGACUAUAUAUCUAGAUUUUUACAUAGCGUCUUUUAUGCUCUGUAUGAAAUUUUGCCAUGGCUCAUGAAACAUCUCCCAGGCCCCCACAAGAAAGCAUUUGAAUGUUUAAAGACUGUGCAAUUAUUUGCCAAGAAGGAAAUGGAAAAACAUAAGAAACAUCAGGCUGUGCUUGAGCCGCAAGAUUUCAUUGAUUUCUAUCUAUUUCAGAUGAAGAAAAACAAGAAUGACCCUAAUUCAACAUACAAUGAAGACAAUCUGACUCAGUGUAUUUUUGACCUCUUCAUCGCAGGAACAGAAACAACAUCUUUGACAUUGCAAUGGGCAUUGCUCCUCAUGGCAAACCACCCAGACAUCCAAGAGAAAGUCCACAAGGAGAUGGAAGAGGUUUUAGGUUCAUCUCAAUCAUUCAACUAUCAAGAUCGGAAGAAACUGCCCUACACCAGUGCUGUGAUUUGUGAGAUCCAGCAUUCCCAGUAUAUCUUUAUGUUCGGCAUUCCCAGACAAACUACAAAGGAUGUGAACAUACUGGGUUUUGUCAUUCCAAAGGAGACCACCAUUUACCCAGAUCUUCGCUCUGUUCUUCUUGAUCCUAAACAAUGGGAGACACCUGAGGCAUUCAACCCAAACCAUUUUUUGGACAAGGAUGGACAUUUUGUGGAAAGAGAAGCAUUUCUUCCAUUCGGAGCAGGGGCCCGUGUAUGCCUGGGAGAACAACUGGCGAAGCUUGAGCUCUUCAUCUUCUUCAUCAAGCUGCUGAGGUCGUUCACUUUCCAGGUGCCAAAAGGAGUAAAGAAGCUCAGCGAAGAACCUAUAAUUGGGUUAACAUUGCCUCCCCAACCUUAUAAGAUAUGUGCUGUUCCUCGCUUUGCUACAUCAUAAACUAUGCAAUUUGGAUUGUUUCAGGUGGGUAGCAGUAUUGCUCUGUAUUAGAAGAGCAAGAUUGGGGUCGAGAAACACCUUAGAGACCAACUAGAUUUCAGGGGUGAGCUUUUCAGAGUCAAAUCUUCCUCAAAAGUUCAUACCCUGGAAAUAAUUGGUAUCUAAGGAGCUAUUUGACCUGAAUUAUGCUAUUAUAAAAGUCGGAGUGGUUCGUAUGUUACUGUCAUUCAUUCCUUUAUUCCUUUCACUUUAUUUUGAAUUUUUCUGUAAGAAUUUGACUAAUGCCUACUCAAGGUGGAAUUCUGGCAGGGCUGCAAUGUUGCUGGUUGCUAAAGUUUUACUAUGGCCAGACAAAUAAACUUAUUUGUAAUAUGAUGUCUUCAAAUAAAUGCUUGAUACAGAAUUCUGGUGAUAUGUAAAAUGAGAAAUUUAUCAUUCUUUUGAUUUGCUUUUCAAAGAAGUGAUGGGUUGCAUAGAGGAAAGAGAUGUGUCAGAACAGAGUUAGAGAACAAGUUUAUACAUA